GGUUGGACGCUUUGACGCUUGACGCUCGACGCUCCUAUGUAUUGGCACCUUUAAAGCAAGUUUGUACCUGCUGAUCGAUACAGCGGGUACGAUUUUCUGUGGACGUUUUUCUAAGGCAUUGUUCUCCUCCUUCCUUUGGAAGGAGGAUAUGCGGUAUCGAGAACGGUCGUAAUAUAACGGUACUGUGCGAAUAAAUGAAGUAUGUGCUUUUGUCUAGGUUAUUGCGUAUCUUCAAAGGUGAAAGUACAUGCAACGUUAAAUGUAUAGUAUGUAAAGCGCGGGACAGAACGUUCCUUCAAUCGCGACAGAUCGUUUACAUGUUAAGGCUAAGUCAGUUGUUCAUAAGAACUCUGCAUAAGAGUACUUCUGUGUUUUUGGAUAAUUCUGUCUCGCUUAAAAAUUGUAAAACAACCACAAUGGAUCCUUAUCUCAACAGAUGUUACAAUCCAAAUAAUACUGCAAUGUGCAACAUACCAUUUAACACAGCUUCAGACAAUUCAAUUUAUUGUCCAAACCCUGCAUAUGAUGCAACUUAUGUUAGAGCAAAUGUAUGCACAAAAGCUGCAAAUUGUAUGCAAGGAAAUCAAGUAUUUGAUAGACAAAGAUACAAGACUAUAAGAAAGUGGAAACAAUUCGGGAAAGGCAGACCAAAUGGUAAUGGAGAAAAUUCUUUCACGCUCAGACUUUUUUCUUUCAAUAUCUUGGCACAAAAUCUGUUAGAUACUCAUUCCUAUUUGUAUCAAGAGCAUGACCCAGCAGCUUUAAGUUGGAAGAAUCGGAAACCUCUUGUGUUGCAAGAGAUACUUGAAGCAGAGGCAAAUAUAAUAUGCCUUCAAGAAGUGCUAAAGGACCAUCUACUAGACUUUGUGGCUCCAUUUCUAGAACUUGGAUAUGAAUAUUUGUAUAAGAAAAGAACAAACGAUAAAAAAGAUGGUCUGCUCUUGUUAUAUCGUGGUGAUCAGUUUACUUUGCUAGAUUAUGCAAAGGUGGAGUUACAUCAAUCCGGCAUCGAGGUCUUAAAUAGAGACAACGUUGGAAUAAUUGCUAAAUUGUCCCUCAGAGACAACCCGGAGACACAAAUUGUGGUUGCUACUACUCAUCUAUUAUAUAAUCCAAGGCGCAACGAUGUACGACUAGCGCAGACACAGCUUCUCUUAGCAGAAAUAGAGCGGAUCGCAUUUAUUGAAAACACACAAACUGGUCCAAGGUAUUUACCAAUCAUACUGGCAGGUGACUUCAACUUGACGCCCUUCUCGGCCGUUUACAAAUUCUUGACGGAAGGUUCAUUUGAAUACUAUGGCAAAGGACGGACUUUAGAGCCAGGUCAAUAUCACUCUCUACCAAACUCCUUGAUACCACCACGAUUAUGCGUCACCGAUAAUUGUCAGCACUUCAACAUCUUAACCAAGAGAUUGCGAAAAGAAGGCAGUGGUAGAGUUAUGCUGGAAAAUAGUGAAUUGCCAUUUCAGAAAACAGAUGAAAGUGUGCAUUCAUCUUGUAGUACGAGUGGCGUGAAUGUCAAUACUAGCUGUACACAGGUCAUCGAGAUAGUAAAGGGAUGUUCUGUGAAAUUCUCAUCUGGUGUUUUAACGCAUCCUUUUAAUAUGCAUAGUGUUUAUACUCAUGUUGAUGCUAAAGGUGAAAUGGAAGCAACGACGCAUCAGGGUGAAUGGAUCACAGUUGACUAUAUAUUUUACAGCAAUAUACAACUUACAGAAAAAUAUAUAUUACCUACUGUGAACCAGUGCGCUAUGUUACCAACUAUACCAAAUUUUGUAGUAGGUAGUGACCAUUUGAGUAUAGGUGCUACUUUUCAAUUACCGCGAAAAAAAUCGCCACUCUGAAAUAUAAUUUCUCGCUAUAUCAUAUCUUAGAUUGUCAUUUUCGAUCAGAAGGAAAAUCAGCUUACAAAUAUUAUUUGUAAG